CUUGCAGGAAUUCGGUUUUCUGGUUCCUGUACUAUAUCCCUGUUACAUCUGUGGAGACGCUAAGAUAGGCCUGUCGCCAAGCUUCCGUAGCAUUAGAUUCAUCAAGUCACGCCGAUACCCUUGUUGACGCCAAUACCAUGUUUAGAUUUGCCGUCGUCAUUUCAUUGUUGGCUGCGCCAGCACUAUGUCUUAGUGGCUUUCCAUCUGUGUGUCUUUCGGAGCCGCCAGUCAAGUUACAGGCUGGCAUAUCCGAGGUAUCCAUUAUCAUCGAGCGAGACGUUUCUGUCCAAUGCCAAGCUUCCAUUUAUUUCGAGGACCUGUCUCUCCCACUGCGGUUUUCCUUCCCAUCAGUUCAAUGCGCGGGCGCAGAAUUGGUAUCAUUUUUGGUACCGCUGGGAAUCACUUCCGGAAACGCAACCAUUAUAUGGCAAUGUGCAGGGCAGGUUCCAACCUGCAGUCAAGCUAUGAUAUCUGAUGGUGUUGCCGAUCAGUCAAUGAAGCUAGACUGGGCAGGACAAGUUGCUUGUGUCAGGGAGAUCCUGGAAACUAGCACAUCCUUGUUGACUGAGAUUGAGUCGUCCAGUACAAUCGUCCAGACGCUCAGAUCACUGAUCGUCGUGACGACCACCUCGUCGUUUAUGGCACCAACCAACACUCCAAGAGAAAUAGGCGCGCCGUGGAUAUCCUCGAACGCCUCUCAUGCAAGGUGUUCCGGGAUCCCUAUCCAGACCACCUCAGCCUACAUACCUGAAACGACAGGCGCCAAAUCCUUGCGAUUAAUUGCCAACGACUCAAUCACAAUUGCCCCCUCCGGCUCUGCAGUCAGCUCGGGGACACCUCAAGAUAGUACCAUUCCGUCCCUUUUGCCUGUCACCGCCGGUACUCGCAAGAAUAUACCUGGUAUGGCAUAUGGAGUCGUUGUGUUCUUUAUAUCACUACAUGCCUUUGCAACACUACUGCACGAUCCAGAAUAGAAUGACAUGUAAGCACAUGGUCAUUGCUUAUCGUUUAGGACUAACAUCCCUACACCGAAUCUUUUGCUGGAUAAUUUCGCCUGUCGCAAGUGUUU